AUGACCCAUUACGGCCAGGAGCUUUGGGUAAGAGUCGUGAGUUGUGGUGUCUUGAUUCUUUUCGUCACUUCCUUCCCUGCAAGUCUUGAUCACGGUGCUGGUCUACCGGGCCUCAUCGUUGCAUUGGUUUUGAUCGGUUUGGGCUUUGGAGGCAUCAAGAGCAAUGUUGCUCCUCUGAUCGCUGAGCAGUACUCGAGGAAGCCUCUUCGGAUCAAAACUCUGGCAGGGGGAGAAAAAGUCAUUGUAGACCCUGACGUCACGAUUCAGACUAUUUAUGGUCGUUACUACUGGGUUAUCAAUGUUGGCUCACUCUCCGUAAUACCGGCAUCUUGGUUAGAGUUGAAGGUUUCAUUCAGGGCUGCCUUCCUCCUACCGCUCUGCUUCUGGGUCUUACCAGUCGGCGCAUUGGUCGUGGGCCGAGGAAGAUAUGUUGUCCAAAAGCCAAGCGGUUCAAUUCUAAUCAAAGCAAUGCGAGUCUUCUGGGUUGGUCUCAAGAGAGGCCGCAAUCUCGAUGCUGCAAAGUCGUCGGUCCUGGCACAAACUCAGCCUGAAACCACCGUUCCUUGGGACGAUGCGUUUGUUGAGGAAUUGAAACGAGCACUCGUCGCAUGUUCUGUUUUUUGUGUAUUUCCCAUUUUCUGGGUUUGCUAUGGACAGACCAACAGCAACCUGGUUAGCCAGGUAGCAACCAUGAAAACAUAUGGAAUUCCGAAUGACAUGAUGCGAUGCUUUAAUCCAGUCAUGGUUUUGACAUUACUUCCAACCAUGGAAAACGUCGUCUACCCAACCCUGCGACGAUUUCGCCUCAGCUUUAAACCGAUCAGUCGAAUCACCACCGGUUUCUUGGUGAUGGCCUGUGCCAUUGGAUAUUCUGCAGGGAUUCAAGACUUGAUUUACCGAUCACCUCCAUGCUACGACCAUCCUCUCAGCGGAUCUUGCAGCGACGGCGGAAGAACACCAAAUGAUGUUAGCGUCUUCCUGCAAGUCCCCAUCUACGCAAUGACCGCCCUCUCCGAAGUCCUCGCCUACGUUGCCGGCAUGGAGCACGCAUACACCAAAGCCCCAAAGUCCAUGCGCAGCAUCGUAUCAGCUAUCUUCCUCCUCACCUGCACCAUCGGCUCGAUGCUGGGCAUUACACCCUUCCCUGUCUUGAAAGACCCCAAGGUCCUCGUUGAAUACGCCUCGUUGAGCGGCGUCAUGCUCUUCACAGCUGUCUUGUUCCUGCUCGCCUUUGGGAAGUACAACAAGAUAGAGGAGAAGUUGAACAUGCUCAAUAGCAAGGACAGGAGCCCUAUCUCUCUGAGUGAGACGGUCCAACAGACUCAGCCAACCGAGAAGGCCGAGAAAGGUGUGCUGAGUACUGAAAUUCGGUAA